AUGGCUUCCCAAUCUACAUCGACACCUGAUGAUUUCAAUAUAUUUUAUUCUCUGCACUUCCUAUCGCGACCCUCACGCCCUCCCAGCUCUGAAACUGUGCACCUGGAGCAUUCGAAGGAUUCUAGUGAGGAAUCCAACGAUGAGACAAGCCAACCAUACCAAGGCCUCACUGGCCUGCGUAACUUGGGGAACACUUGCUACAUGAAUGCCGUUUUGCAGUGCCUCUGCAGUAUAUCCCCAUUGGUGGAGUAUUUUCUCUCAGGGAAGUAUGUAGCCACCCUACACAAGGAAAACGGUGAGGUUGCUACAGCCUUUGCCUAUCUGAUGGCCGAAAUGUGGCUGGGAGAGUUUGAGUGCGUCUCACCAGAGGUAUUUCGUUCAGUCAUCAGCGACUUAUGCCCGGCUUUUACCAAGAAGACUCAGCAGGACGCCCAGGAGUUUCUGAUUUAUGUACUGAACAAAUUACAUGAGGCACUUAAGAAGUCAUGCAAAAGGAGAUGCUAUGGGAACACAUCCACAUCCAGGGAAGAUAGGGGAACCGGCAGUGAAACAUCAAUCAUCACCCAGCUAUUUGAGGGGCAGCUCAGUUAUGACAUUACAUGCCUGGCGUGUCACACCACCACCGAUAAGAAUGAGGUCUUUACAGUUCUCUCUCUUCCCAUCCCUUCUGAGAGUGCCUGCUCACUACAGGACUGUCUUGAAUGUUUCUUUCAGCAAGACACACUGACCUGGAACAAUCAAAUUCACUGUUCCUUCUGUGGAACUAAGCAAGAUGCUGCAGUAAAGGCCAACAUAGGGAAGGCGCCAAAGAUGGUUAUUUUUCACUUAAAGAGGUUUGACUAUCAAGGCAGCUACAAAAGGAAACUGGGAACUAACAUCUACUAUCCACUAAGCAACUUGGAUCUUUCGCCUUAUAUUUAUCCACUCUUUCGGAAGAAUCCACAAUACAACUUGUGUGCUGUGGUGAACCAUUUUGGUUAUCUGGAUGGUGGCCAUUAUACGGCAUUCUGCAAGCACACAUUCACCCAGAACUGGUACAGUUUCGAUGACGCACAGGUCAGCGAGAUUCCACAAUCCUCAGUGCAGUCUGCUGCAGCUUAUCUCCUAUUCUACAGCUGUAAAGCAUUCUCUGUACCUACCAAAACCCAUAAGUACUAGGAAAACGUCUUUGUGAGAACAGUCCAAUUAUUAGAAUUCACUGACACUGGUGGCUAAGUCCCAUUUUGCCAUUAAACUAGUGUAUCUGCAUUGCUUGACUGUCUAUUGAGAUCUUUCUGAUUACGCUUAGGAAUGGAUUUCAAGGGAGAAAUCCAAAAGCUGACCUCUGCAGCACAACUUUCAGUGUAAUAAGUGAAGGAGUGUCCCUCCUACAAAGCCCCUCACUUCAAGUUAUUUCUAAAAAGCCUCUCACUAAUAUUCUUAGCACCAUUAUUAUGGUUUGCACUACAGCAGCAUCCAUUCUAAACACAGGGGAGAUAUGGAGCUUGCUUAGAGACCCUUCAAUCUAUAUGGACAAGACAAAUCAAAUACAUGACAGCUUCCUCCAGACAAGCUCUCUUCUCUACCCUCCAGGUGCCCCAGUCCACUUGCUCUGCCAUAGCUUCCCAAAUCUAUCCUCCUUUCACCCUACAGCAUUAGGCACAGGUUCAGUAUGAAAGCCUAUGGACGAAAACAACAGCCGGUUAACAGUGCUGAUAUUAAUGACAGCAUCUAAAGGCAGGGACCUCCCUUGAGGAGAGAGCUCACAUGGCCUCACCCCUGUCCUAAACUCAUUGCUCUACCCCCCACCCCACAUCCUCUUUGUAGUGGUGAGUGUAGGAACAAGAGCCCACGCAUGGCCUCACUUGUCUCCUACUGCUUUGACUCCCUAGUCCCUUCCCCUAUGCAGCAUAACAUUGUCUAUUAGCGGCACAAAGCACCAGAACGCCAAGGUGGGCUCGCUCCAAGAAAAAAACAUUUCCCCUCUUCCCCACUGACUGCUUUUUUCUCACUCUGGGUUCUACAUAAAAAGCAUGAAUGCAGCAGAUGGCUGAGGAGCCGCACCUUAGUUGUACUGGGAUGGUACGUAGUUUUUCCUAUAGCUACUUGCACUUUAUCAAAAGGAAAAUAA